CUUGUGAAAUGGCCCGAGGCUUCUCUUCGUCGCGGGUGGCGGGACCCGCGGCUUCUACGGCCAGCAACGAGUCUCUGGGUGCCUCGCGCGUAUGGACGCCUCUGCGCGAGAACUACUUCGAGCCUCCGCUGCUCUCGUCGCGUGAGCGCGCGUACCUCGUGCGCAAAUCAUGCGAGGCGGCUCAGGAGCUCGUGGAACGCGCACGCAGCGCCGGCGGGCCUAUCGCAUGGCGCCACGUAGAGAAGGACAAUGGCGUACAGAUCUAUGCGGGCUCUCCGCGCUCGACAGCCACCGGCGCGGCCCUCACCGCCGCCAGUAUGUGUGGCGUGACCAGUGUGCCGGGCACCGUGAAGGAGGUGGCGUCACUCUUCCAAUUAGGCUCGACACGACAAAUGAAGGAGUUCGCUAGAGCGCAUCGAGAAUGGUUCUACGACGGCGUGGUGUUGCAUACCCUGGCUCCUCGGACAAAGGAAAAGCCUUUGCACCAAGUGACAGCCAAGUGGAUGGUUGUGCAGAUGCCACACGGUUUGCCACAUCGCGAUUUCUGCUACUUGGAGUGUCAAGACAAGUUUAUCGAUGCCAGAGGACGCAAAGGGUGGGUUCUGGGCCAACACUCGAUCAAAUUACCCGGUUGUGACGACCUGAAGAAAGAAUUCGGACUUGUGCGUGGCAGUUUGUACCAUUCCGGCUUCGUAUUGGUGGAAAGUGAAGAGCGACCGGGUCAUGUGGAUGUGAUUCACCUCGUGCAACUGAAUUUGAAGGAACACACUCCUGUGCCCGCCAGUUUAUUGCGAAUGCGCGUGUUGUUCGUCGCCCAGGUGAGGAACAUGCUGAGGAGUAAACGUCUCAAUGAGCAGCGAUACUUGAGCGACCUGGAGCUGGUCCCCAGGAAGUACAGAGCCAGAUGUGCCGUGUGUCAGGACUCGUUCUCGCUCUUAUUAUUGAGGAAAAUGAACUGCCGCAAGUGUGGAGAAGUUGUCUGUGCUGCCUGUAGCAAGGAAUUCCCCAUUGAGAACCGCAACUUUGCGGCGACGAAUGGAGGCGACGAGGUGCGUAAACUACGCAUCUGUAUGCACUGUUUCCAGGUGAUUACGAACGCCCCCAAGCCCACGUCGGCUCUGGUUGAACCGCCACAUUCCUCGACCAUGUCAAUGAGUUUCUUGGGGUAUCAUGAUGAUGACAGACGCGCGUCAUUUAUGACGUCUUGUGUUGGUGGGCGUCAUGGUCACAGAGAGGAGGAAGCGCCCAAGAUUUUCUUGCAGUCCAUGCGACGUGAGAAACCUUCAAGUCGCCGGAUGUCCAGCACGUCGCCGAUUCCUGGCUUUGGUGCGGACUUUCCGCCCUCGACGUCGCGUCAUUGCUCACGUGGACAACCCCCCGAUGCUGAUCUGUAUAGACGAUCGCAGAGAUACCAGCAACAACAACAGGACUACAGUCGCUCACGUGAUCACCGUGGCAGUCAACGUAUGCGGCCUUCUGACUUCCGACCAAGCCAGAGUUUGUCGCUGGAUGACCCUAUUGCUAGAGGAGAAGGACGCAUCACGUUGCAGAUGCCAGGACCGCCUGCUGUACCGUCUCCCGCCUCGAUUUUCGACCGUCCGGUUCCUGGAGCGUCACGACGUCCGCCGAAUGGGAUUCCACGCAGUCAAAGUAGCGACAUGCUGCUAGGAAAUGGCCGCAAUAUGAGCAACUUCAGUCGUUUACAGGAGCUCAGUAGUCGCGAACGUCUAGAGCAACUACAGCGUCAGGACAACUACAUGAGCCGCUCCAGUAGCGACCACCGCAUGCCCGACGCCUACAUGUCUGCGCUGCAGCAAGCCAGUCGCGACAAACACGACUUUGACGCUCCUCCGAUGUACCACGCUCCACCCAGCGACUUUGGUGCGUAUGGUGCGACGUUGGCUGACCACGCGGUGAUUCCGGACUUCGGGCCGUACGAUGCGACGCUGGACGACCCGAACGCGCCGCCUCCGCUGGAAAUGAGUGCGCUGACGACGUCUGCGUCGACUAUUCCGAUUGAUCUAAACAGUAUGAGCAUGGCUGCCAUGCCGCCCACUGCUCCUAGAGACGGCGGACGCGACCACGAACUGCGGCGUCAACGCGAACGUGAGAUCGAGCAGCGACGUUCGUCGACUAGCUCGGACUCUUCUGCCAGCUCUAUCGACAUUGACACGUACGACGAUCCACCGACUCGUGCUGUGGUUCCCCCAAUUGCCGAGCAGAAACAUGACGAGAGUAUGGGACGUAUGACGCAGCCGGUGCAAAGCUUCGUUGCUGCGAUGGAAAACGACGUGAAAGCAGCGAAUAUCUACGACACGGACGAAGACUCAGAGACGUCUAUGGGGGCGUCGGACGAUGAAGAAGAGCGUCGUGUCAGCGCCAAGCUUUCCACGUUGUCCAGUGCUCUGGCUCGUAAGCCCGUCGAUGAUGAUGUUGAGGAGACGAAAGCUCAGGAAUUCGCUGAAACGCCUGCGCUGCCGCCUCCGUCGCCUUCGGCUCAUACUGCUACACGUAAUGUGCUAGAGCGCCCGUCCAUUGCGAACUCGUUGGUAGGCUCGCAAUUGGCGCCUCCCUUUACUGACAACACACAAGCCGUGGCUCCUAAGAAGACUGGGGUAGUUGAGGUAGACCUGAUUGACCGCGAUCAACAGCUGCAACGCUCGAAAGUGGAAGACUUGAUCGAUUAUGAGUAUGACCAGACGAAUAUAGCCAAGAAACGCGAUGAACACGUAUCGGAGACAUCUCCAGGAUGCGAUGAAGAUAAACAAGUGGAUCGUUUGGCCAGGAAGUACUCGCUACACGGGCAGAUGGAGGCUCCCACUGACGGACAGCAGUCUGAGUCGGACGAUGAGGCGAUCCUCAACACGGUGGGCUGCGAUAUGAACUACUUGGAUGCCGACAUGCGUCAGUUCCACGACCAAUCACUCUUUAUUCGUCAGAGCCAUGACGGUGGUGCGUCCCAAUCGAACGAUGAGAUGUCUCCGUACGAGCGCAUGCCGACGUCUCCCAAGACCAAGAGUGGUAAAGCUUUAGAUCUGGCGAUACCCUCACGUCCUACUAUCAAUCGUGAAGGUACUUUCGCUCUCGAAAACAUGUCGGUGGACGAACGGCAGCGAUCCACGAACACUCGUGCUGGUUCUGCCAACCGCGUGGUGCUGGGCCCCAGUGAACUAAGCGACAAGAGUUCGCCCUCGACCACACGUACCGACGACCGCUUUGCUACUGGUGUGAGUCUCGUUUCAACUGCUGUAGACGGCGCUGCUGAUGAUUUGGCGUUCAAAGGAGCUCAACGUGGCUACGAAGUCCCUCGCGACAGGCUAGCGCCAGUAGAAGAUGACUCGACACCUCCUGUUAUUCCCAUGUCGAUGAUGCUGGCGGCGGACACGCUGCAGACCAGCGGUGAUGAGGUUUCAGAGAGCCGCGCUCGUGCAUCCAGCAGAAUCUCCUUCUCCUCGGUCCCUAGCAGCAGUGCACGUGGCAGCAGUAUCUGUAGUAUGGGUCUGGAUGCGAUAACGCCGCCGGCAACGCCACCGUCUGCCUCGCCUGUCGCUAUUGAGAGGCUCUCAGCAACGUCAGCAUCAUCACCUGCUGCCUUGGACCUCGCAACUUCUACGUCUCCUAGCUUCAACGAGGCUAUCAUCCCGCCACGAAGCAACAGUACUGCGCCGGCGUAUCUUCCUGAUCGUUUCCGCGCGGCAGAGCAACAGACACCGCCUAAAGAGGAGCCGACCACCUCGACCGCUUCGAGUACGCCAAGACAGAGCACCGACAGCAGCUCCGCUCUGGACAACUUCCAGCUGAACUUCUCGGCUUCUUUCAAUGCGCAUCAGCAGCAGAAAGCACAAGCUGGUGGUGUCACCGAGGACGCUUCACGCUUGCAACAAGAUGAGCGCAAUCGGGCGAGCAGUGCCAGCAGCACGGGCAGCAACGACGUGCAGGUGUUCCGCUACCAGUCGGUUGGAUCGUCAGUACUGGACACCGUCCCCGCCUCGGGUGUGUCAGAAGAUGAGGAUAGCGAGGACGAGAGUAUGCUGCUGUCGGCACGCCAAUUGUAUGGACGGUUCGGCAACACGAAGCAACUGUCGAAACUUGGCGGCGAUCGUCCUGGAUUCCAGCACACACUCAGCCAAAUCCAGCAAAGUUUCGACGAACUAUCAAGUGACAGCGAGGACGAGGAGAAAACGCCUGCAACCCAAGUGGCCGGACGUCGGGGGUAGACUGCGGAGGGUCUGAGGGUGACAAUUAUCACAGGAAAGUCUGGUUCGUGUAAAUGAUCGUGUAGAUGUCGUUCAUAGGGUCCACCUUGCAUCAGCAAUAUAGAGGAUUUCGGCCCUUUUCUUUUAAAAAAAAUUGUGCACAGCUA